AUGAAUGAGCCUGUCUUCGGCAUUUACAUUCGCGGUGUGAAGCAUAAUGCUGUAGCUUCUCCAUCUAUGAUGAAGACUGUUUUCUCUGCCAAAGCUGCCACGUCACGCAACCAGGUGCUCGAUCAGGCUCUGCAAAACGUCUUUGGCGACCGCAGCCUCAUCCGCAAUCUGGAUUUAGAUCGUAAUCAAGGACUUAGCGACAAGGCUUCUACCAUUCUCAACGAAGAGGUUUUUGUCACUGAAUCUUCAUCAACUAUUAUCCGUUUGGUGCAGCGCGACAUGCCGAAUCUGGUGAGCUUCUGCCGGAGCAUUGUUGACCAAUACCCCUGGGAGCGUGGAACCAGUGGAGUUGAACUUCCCGAUGGAGGAGACCAGACAGUUUGCGAAGCCAAUUUGUUUGCACUCGUGAGCAAUUUCAUUGGUCACGUCACUUCUACUUUCCUGAUGGGUGAGGCAUUCGUGGAGAAUUUCCCUAAUCUCUCAGAAGACCUUGGAAGAAUCGACGAUUGCUUUGUGACAUUGUUCACUGGCACUCCUCGCUGGGCCCCUCAUCCAGCGGCUUCAGCAGGGCAUGCGGCGAGUGAUCGGCUUCGCCAUAUUUUCUCGAUCUUUCACCGAGCUUUUACUGCUUGGGACGAUGGGAUUGACGCCGGAAUUGAACUGCGUGAUCUUGACGAUGUCUCUGAACUGGUCCAAGAUAGGAUGCGGACUUUCCGAAAAUUGGAGCUAUCUCCAGGCGCUAGUGCUGCAGGGCACUUGUCUCUGUAUUAUGAUCUGAUCGAACACACGACCAAGAUCACUUUUUGGACAAUUACUCAUCUCUUUGCCGAACCUUCACUUCUCGAUCAAGUCCGCAAAGAGAUCGCCUCUUACGUGGUGGCUUCUAGACCAACUCGCGAGGAAACGGGUUUCCCCUUCGAUGAACCUCCUCGUCUCUCUCUGAAUAUUGAAAAAGUGCUCACAUCUUGCCCGCUGUUCAAAGCGUGUUACUACGAGACUGUGCGCCUUCAUUCAGCAGGAAUUUCAUUCAAGAAGCUGGCGUCUGAUGUGACACUUUCCGAGUCGACAGAAGAAGCCGCCUAUGGUCUGACGGAGCCCCGUACAUACAAGAUUGCAAAGGGCGAAGAUAUCGUUGUGCCCCAUGGUGCCUAUCACCACGAUGCUCGAUACUUCUCAAACCCGGAGCAAUAUGAUCCCCUACGAUUUCUCGUGACUGAUCCUGCAACGGGAAAACAACGGGCUGAUCCAACCAUCCUUGCUCCCUUUGCGGAGGGGUUGUAUGGGUCGACAAACAAUGGCUUCACCGAGCGAGCUAUCUUGACUUUCACUGCUGGCAUUGUGGCAUUGUGGGAUAUUGAGCCCACAAGUGGUAAAUUCCUCUCAGUUCCAGGACACAAGACUAGCUGGGGCGCUUUCCGACCGACUAAGGAGCUGCGGGUGAAGAUGAAGUUGAGGGUAUAG